AUGUCGCAUCCACCACCACCACCUCCGGGAUGGGGAGCUCCCCCUCCUCCCCCCCCUCCUCCAUCAUCUCUUCCUCCUCCUCCGUCGACGCCAGCUCCUCCCGCGCCGCCGCCGCCUGGCUAUCGACCUUCGACUGAUCCCCUGGUCGCAAAGCUGGCGCAAAAGAAGAAGGAAUGGCUUCGGGACCGUCGAAAUCGAUUCGGGGAGAAGAGGAAGGCUGGAUUCGUCCAGACUCAGAAGGCUGAUAUGCCUCCUGAGCAUUUACGAAAGAUCGUUAGGGAUAUCGGCGACGUCUCGCAGAAGAAAUACACCAACGAUAAGCGCAGCUAUCUGGGAGCAUUGAAGUUCAUGCCUCACGCCGUUUUAAAGCUUCUUGAGAACAUGCCCAUGCCUUGGGAGUCGGCAAGGGAAGUCAAGGUGCUUUACCACGUCAACGGUUGCUUGACGCUCGUCAACGAAAUUCCUCGAGUCAUCGAACCCGUCUUUUUCGCACAGUGGGCGAUGAUGUGGACCUUUAUGCGAAAAGAAAAGGCCGAUCGACGACUCUUCAAACGUAUGCGAUUCCCUCCGUUCGACGACGAAGAGCCACCGCUGUCGUGGGCCGAAAACUUGGAGGACGUCGAGCCUUUGGAACCGAUUCAGAUGGAGCUCAACGAGGAAGAAGACGAGGCCGUACACGAAUGGUUCUAUGACCAUCGCCCUUUGCUCGAUACGCCGCAUGUCAACGGACCGAGCUACAAAGCAUGGAAUCUAUCUCUACCUCAAAUGGCCACCCUUUUCCGACUGAGUAGGCCCCUGAUUUCUGACGUGGUUGAUUCGAACUACUUCUACCUGUUCGAUCUCAAGGGUUUCCUUACCGCCAAGGCGCUCAAUGUCGCCUUGCCAGGUGGCCCAAGAUUCGAGCCCUUAUACAAGGACAUCAACCCGAACGACGAAGAUUUUGGCGAGUUCAACGCCAUCGACCGCAUCAUUUUCCGAAACCCCAUCCGCACAGAGUUUCGGGUAGCAUAUCCAUACUUAUAUAAUUCCCUUCCACGAAGCGUUCAUCUUGCUUGGCACUCUUAUCCCCAAAUCGUCUUCAACCGGGCUGAUGACCCUGACCUGCCUACAUUCCACUUCGACCGCCGCAUCAACCCAAUUUCUUCGCGAACUGUGGCUUCGAAGAACGUCGAAGUGUCACUUGAAGAUGAGUUGUUUGGCCCAGGGUCCAACGAAGAACCGGAGGAUGAUGCAUUUGAGCUUCCCGCUGGCGUGGAGCCAUUCCUUGCCGACGAGGAGCUAGAAAAUACAGACACCUCCUCAGCCAUUGAGCUGUGGUGGGCUCCUUUCCCAUUCAAUCGACGAUCAGGUCGCAUGGUUCGCGCACAAGACGUACCGCUGAUUAAACAGUGGUAUCUUGAGCAUCCCCCCUCGGACCGGCCACCUGUGAAGGUGCGGGUGUCAUAUCAGAAACUCCUCAAGAAUUUUGUUCUGAAUGAGCUUCAUAAAAAGAGACCAAAGGCACACAACAAUCAAAAUCUUCUACGCUCUUUGAAGCAAACCAAGUUCUUCCAGCAAACGACUAUCGACUGGGUGGAGGCUGGUCUGCAGGUCUGCCGCCAAGGUUUUAAUAUGCUGAACCUCCUUAUCCAUCGCAAGAAUUUGACGUAUCUUCAUCUUGAUUACAACUUCAAUUUGAAGCCCGUCAAGACCCUGACCACCAAGGAGCGUAAGAAGUCAAGAUUUGGAAACGCGUUCCAUCUGAUGCGAGAAAUCCUGCGCUUGACCAAACUGAUCGUCGAUGCUCAAGUUCAGUACCGCCUGGGAAAUAUUGAUGCCUUUCAGCUGGCUGAUGGUAUCCUCUAUGCAUUCAACCACGUCGGUCAGCUCACGGGAAUGUACCGUUAUAAAUAUAAGUUGAUGCAUCAGAUCCGAACUUGCAAAGAUUUGAAGCACUUGAUCUACUAUCGCUUCAACUCUGGGCCUGUUGGCAAAGGUCCUGGUUGUGGUUUCUGGGCACCUGCGUGGAGAGUUUGGCUAUUCUUCAUGCGCGGUAUUAUUCCUCUCUUGGAGCGUUGGCUAGGAAAUCUUCUCUCCCGUCAAUUCGAAGGUCGUCACAGUAAGGGAGUCGCCAAAACUGUGACUAAGCAACGUGUCGAGUCGCACUUCGAUUUGGAGCUCCGCGCCUCUGUUAUGGCUGAUCUUAUGGAUAUGAUGCCCGAGGGUAUUAAGCAAAACAAGGUCAACACGGUGCUCCAGCAUCUGUCUGAAGCAUGGCGAUGCUGGAAGAGUAACAUUCCUUGGAAGGUUCCCGGACUGCCUGCGCCCAUUGAAAACAUUAUUCUACGUUAUGUCAAGUCAAAGGCCGAUUGGUGGAUUUCGGUUGCUCAUUACAACAGAGAGCGUAUCCGACGAGGUGCCACUGUUGACAAGACUGUUGCCAAGAAGAAUGUGGGCCGGUUGACUCGUCUCUGGCUCAAGGCUGAGCAGGAGAGACAGCAUAACCACAUGAAGGAUGGACCUUACGUGUCAUCAGAAGAAGGUGUGGCAAUCUACACCACUACCGUGCACUGGCUCGAGUCGCGCAAGUUUUCCCCUAUUCCAUUUCCUAGUGUGUCUUAUAAACACGACACGAAGAUCCUCAUCUUGGCCCUUGAACGUCUUCGAGAAGCAUACUCUGUUAAGGGGCGCAUGAAUCAGAGUCAGCGUGAAGAAUUGGCCUUAAUCGAGCAGGCCUACGAUAGCCCCGGUACUACCCUCGAGCGUAUCAAGCGCUUCCUCCUCACGCAACGAGCUUUCAAGGAGGUGAGCAUUGAUAUGAACGACAACUAUAGUACUAUUAAUCCGGUGUACGAUAUCGAGCCCAUUGAGAAAAUCAGCGAUGCUUAUCUCGAUCAAUAUCUUUGGUACCAAGCAGACCAGCGACAUCUGUUCCCUGCCUGGAUUAAGCCUUCCGACUCUGAGGUGCCACCGCUUUUGACAUACAAGUGGGCGCAGGGCAUUAACAACCUUGGUCGGGUUUGGGAAACGGCAGAUGGCGAAUGCAAUGUCAUGAUUGAGACGGAGCUGUCUAAGGUCUACGAGAAGAUUGAAUUGACCCUCCUGAACUCUUUAUUGAGAUUGAUCAUGGAUCACAAUCUUGCGGAUUACAUCACCGCCAAGAACAAUGUUCAGCUCACAUACAAGGACAUGAAUCACGUCAAUAGCUAUGGUAUGAUUCGUGGCCUUCAAUUUUCAGCUUUCGUGUUCCAAUUUUAUGGAUUGGUACUCGAUCUGUUGCUACUUGGCCCUCAGAGAGCCAGUGAGAUUGCUGGACCCCCAGAAAGCCCCAACGAUUUCUUGCAGUUCCGCGAUCGCGAGACUGAGACAAGGCACCCAAUCCGUCUGUAUACUCGAUACAUUGACAAGAUCUGGGUUUUCUUGCGAUUCACAGCCGAAGAAUCGAGAGAUCUCAUCCAACGAUUCUUGACAGAGCAACCCGAUCCUAAUUUUGAGAAUGUGAUUGGGUACAAGAGCAAGAAAUGCUGGCCGAGAGAUUCUCGAAUGCGUUUGAUGAGGCAUGACGUCAAUCUUGGUCGAGCCGUGUUUUGGGAUCUCAAGAACCGACUACCCCGAUCUGUCACUACAAUCGAUUGGGAUGACAGCUUUGUGAGCGUCUACAGUCGCGACAACCCGAAUUUGCUAUUCUCCAUGUGUGGUUUUGAAGUCCGCAUCCUGCCAAAGAUCCGAAACCAGAAUGAUGAAUUCUCAGUCAAGGAUAGUGUUUGGUCUUUAGUUGACAACACAACCAAGGAGAGAACCGCACACGCUUUCCUACAAGUAACUGAAGAGGACGUUCAGAAAUUCAACAAUCGCAUCAGGCAGAUUCUCAUGUCUUCGGGAUCUACAACUUUUACCAAGAUUGCCAACAAGUGGAACACGGCACUGAUCGCUCUUUUCACAUACUAUCGCGAGGCUGCUGUUUCCACCGUAGACCUCUUGGAUACUAUUGUUAAAUGUGAAACGAAGAUCCAGACUCGAGUCAAGAUUGGGCUGAACUCCAAGAUGCCUUCUCGUUUCCCACCUGCCGUGUUCUAUACACCCAAGGAAUUGGGCGGUCUCGGCAUGAUCUCAGGAUCUCACAUAUUGAUUCCUGCUAGCGACAAGCGUUGGUCUAAGCAGACAGACACGGGAGUGACCCAUUAUCGUGCUGGUAUGACGCAUGAUGAGGAGACGUUGAUCCCUAACAUCUUCCGAUACAUCGUGCCUUGGGAGGCCGAAUUCAUUGACUCUCAGCGAGUGUGGACGGAAUACUCGCAGAAGCGUCUCGAAGCUAACCAGCAGAAUCGCCGACUAACACUAGAGGAUUUAGAGGAUAGUUGGGACCGCGGUCUACCUCGAAUCAACACCCUCUUCCAGAAGGACAGGAGUACACUCAGCUUCGACAAGGGUUUCCGAGCACGAGCCGACUUUAAAAUCUACCAGCUGAUGAAGAGCAAUCCUUUCUGGUGGACAAGUCAGCGGCACGACGGAAAAUUGUGGAAUUUGAACGCAUAUCGAACCGAUGUUAUCCAGGCGCUUGGUGGUGUUGAAACGAUUUUGGAACACACCCUCUUCAAAGCAACAGGAUUUCCAUCAUGGGAGGGUUUGUUUUGGGAAAGAGCUUCGGGAUUUGAACAAUCUAUGCAGUUCAAGAAGUUGACGAAUGCGCAGAGGUCUGGUUUGAACCAGAUCCCGAACCGACGGUUUACCCUGUGGUGGAGCCCCACUAUAAACCGCGCUAACGUUUAUGUGGGGUUCCAAGUCCAGCUAGACUUGACGGGUAUCUUCCUUCACGGAAAGAUCCCUACAUUAAAGAUUUCCUUGAUUCAAAUCUUCCGUGCUCACUUGUGGCAAAAGAUCCAUGAGGCAGUCGUCAUGGAUCUUUGCCAGGUGUUUGAUCAGGAACUGGAGUCGCUUGGCAUUGAGACGGCGCAAAAAGAGACAAUUCAUCCUCGAAAGUCGUACAAGAUGAACAGCUCCUGUGCUGAUAUCCUGCUCUUUGCCAGCCACAAGUGGAAUGUCACACGGCCAUCUUUGCUGCAUGAUACCAAGGACGUGGUGGAGCCGACGACGACUAACAAGUUCUGGAUUGAUGUCCAAUUGCGAUAUGGAGAUUACGACUCGCACGACAUUGAGCGGUACACGCGUGCCAAGUAUCUAGACUACACCACGGACAGCGCAAGUAUCUACCCAUCGCCAACCGGUCUCAUGAUUGGAAUUGACCUUGCCUACAAUCUGCAUUCUGCAUAUGGAAUGUACUUCCCUGGUCUGAAAGAGCUGGUUCAGCAAGCAAUGGCAAAGAUCAUGAAGGCCAAUCCUGCUCUUUACGUUCUGCGAGAGCGAAUUCGUAAAGGUCUGCAGCUUUAUGCUUCGGAGAGUAACCAGGAAUUCCUUAACUCGAGCAACUACACUGAACUGUUUAACGACAAAACACAGCUCUUCAUUGACGACACCAAUGUCUAUCGUGUCACUAUCCACAAGACCUUUGAGGGUAAUUUGACUACAAAGCCAAUCAACGGCGCGAUCUUCAUCUUUAAUCCCCGCACGGGUCAGCUCUUCCUCAAGAUCAUCCACACAAGCGUAUGGGCUGGACAGAAGCGUCUCGGACAGCUUGCCAAAUGGAAGACAGCGGAAGAAGUCGCCGCGCUCAUUCGCUCUCUCCCCACAGAGGAGCAGCCCAAGCAAUUGAUUGUUACCCGUAAGGGCUUACUUGACCCUCUCGAGGUUCACUUGCUCGACUUCCCCAACAUUUCUAUCAGAGCAUCCGAAUUGCAGCUUCCCUUCCAAGCGGCUAUGAAGAUAGAGAAGCUUGGAGAUAUGAUUCUAAGAGCAACUGAACCACAGAUGGUUCUGUUCAACCUCUAUGAUGAGUGGCUCAAGUCUGUUGCCUCGUACACGGCCUUUUCGCGUCUUAUUCUCAUUCUGCGUGCACUGCAUGUGAACCCAGACAAGACUAAGCUGAUUUUGAGACCCGACAAGACCGUCAUCACCCACGAUCAUCACAUUUGGCCUUCACUAUCCGAUGAAGACUGGGUCAAGGUUGAAGUCCAGCUUCGCGAUCUGGUCUUGAAUGACUACGGCAAGAAAAACAAUGUCAACGUGGCCAGUUUGACCAGCAGUGAAGUUCGUGAUGUUAUUUUGGGUAUGGAGAUUUCCGCCCCAUCAAUGCAAAGGCAACAGGCAGCGGAACUGGAAAAGCAACAACAGGAGCAACAGCAGCUUACUGCUGUCACCACCAAAACGCAGAACGUUCAUGGCGAGGAUAUCAUUGUGACCACGACCUCCCAGUUUGAGCAGCAAACAUUCGCGUCCAAGACAGAGUGGCGAACAAGAGCAAUUGCGUCAGCCAAUCUCCGAUCAAGAGCUAAGAACAUUUACGUUUCAUCUGCUGAUGAUGCGGACGAUGUUACCUAUGUGAUGCCAAACAACAUUCUGAGGAAGUUCAUCACGAUCGCCGACUUGAGAAUCCAAAUUGCCGGAUACUUGUACGGAGUUUCCCCCCCCGACAACCAGCAAGUUAAGGAGAUCAAGUGUAUCGUCAUGAUUCCGCAAGUAGGCGGUCUCCGGAACGUCAAACUGCCAAAUCAGUUGCCCCAGAGCGAUUUCUUGGAAGGUAUGGAGCCACUCGGUAUCAUCCACACAAUCGCAGGCAAUGAGUUGCCUUACAUGUCGGCAAGCGAAGUGACUGAGCACUCAAAGCUUCUGGACGCUCAUCAAGAGUGGGACAAGACGAACACUGUCACGGUCUCGGCGGCGUUCACAUCCGCCAGUGUAACUCUCUCCGCUUGGGGACUCACUCCUCAAGGUUACAAGUGGGGAGCCGAGAACAAGGACAUCCAGAGCGACCAACCUCAAGGCUUUACCACCACAAUGGGAGAAAAGCGGAAGCUGUUGUUGAGCCCACGCUUCAAGGGCUUCUUCCUUGUACCAGAAGAUGAUCGUUGGAACUACCUGCUCAUGGGCAAUGCAUUCAGCGGCAUGUCUAUGAAACCAGUCCCAGUCAAGCUUGAUAAUCCACUGCCGUUCUACAAUGAUCAUCAUAGACCCAUUCACUUCCAGAGUUUUGCUGAACUGGAAGAUAUCUGGGUGGAUCGAUCAGACAACUUUGCCUAG